AUGAUCGUAAUUUCAAUUAAACACAUCUGCUCUCUUUUCUUCUAUCGUUCAUUCAUUUAUCCUUUCUGUUUUUGCUUUCCUUUGCGAAUUUGCGGAGUUGGAAAGGGAAGGAAAGCGAAGGAAAAAUGACAACGUUCAACUGCUCCAAUGUCCCAACCGAGACCGCGACCGAUGCAGGGGUCGCCGGCGCCGGCGUCCUCCUCUCCUUUAUAAUCACCGCGGGCAUCUCCCUCAUCUUCUCCGCCACCAUCAUCUUCCACGAAAUGCACCUGCACCUCGAAGCCAAAGUAAUCCGUAAACUGCUCCUCUCGCUCUCCGACCAGCAAGUCAUAACCGGAAUCGGCAUCCAAUGCGUCGGCCUCGCGAAAAUGAAGUCCAUGGUCCCCUACCACUUCUUCAUCAUCUGGAUGCUCUCGUUGCUCUCCACCGCAACCCACAUCUCGACGCUCUUCGCGCUCGUCAACGAUUUCAAGCGAGAUUGGGUCCUGAGAUGGCUGAGACAGUUCUUCAUGUUCGUCAAUCUCGUGCUGAGCUGCGUGUCCGGGAUCUUCGUCCUGAUGGCCGUGAUGCGCAACUUGCAGCCCACGCUGCCCAUUGCGUGUGUGUGGGAAGUCGCCGGCAGGGGGACGCCCAGUAAUGCGGGGAUAUCGAUCGCGGGCACGAUUGCGGUGAUUGCGGGGCAGUGCGUCUUCUUUGCCAUGGCGGUGUGGUAUCUGCACGUCAACGGCGGGAAAUGGAUCAAGUUGGUGCAGUUGGGGGGUUUGGUGACGCUGCUGGUUAUCGGGACCGGGGCUGCAGUGAGGGUGGUGCUGCUGUCGCAGGCGUUCGGGACGCCGUCGGUGCCGUUGGCGGAUACGGGGGAGAGGGAUUGGAAUUUUGGGCAGUUGUUGACGUUGUUGUUGCUUGUGCUGCCGUGUAUUUCUGCGGUGGAGAUUUUGAGAGGAGAAAUGAACGUCCCGUCUCCGGUGGCAGAUGAACAUUCUGCAACGUUGCUAGGGAAGGACAAUGAGCUGGGUGUUGUUCGAAGCUCUUUCCAACCGAAUCCAUUCUGGGGGAACCAAACAAGUCGGUUUAGUAAAUGGUAGAUGAGUCCACGGGGAAAUUUGCUUGCAGAUGAAGAUGUAUCGAAUAUACGAAGUGCUCGACAACGAUACAUUACUAGUCUGGCAAGAAGCGAUCGAUAGAUUUGGGAUACAUGGCAGGUGUUUGGCGUAAUCU